AUGGCGCCUUGCGAGCUCUUCCUCGCGAGCUCCCCGCCCCUCAAAGACACCACACAAACCUCCGCCCAAGACUACGAGACCCUACAAGCCGUAUAUUCCCUUCAAAGCACUUCCUCACAACCGCCCCCGCCGCCUCCUCCCCCUCCGAAAGCCGAAACCCUCCUCGAUCUCUGGCGCUCGACCUGGCUCCCUCUCACCGGCGCAGCCCUCGCUGCUGGCGCCCUCGGCUUCUACAUAUUCGGCACCGUCGCCGCCUCCUUCAAGGCCUGUCCUUGCAGCGGGCCAUGCGAGCACUCCACCCCGACCGGCCGGCCGCCGGCGCUCGACGGCGACAACGCCGAGCAGUUUGACAAGGAACUCAACCUGCCUGAGUGGUGGAUGGGCAUCACCGGUCUACGGAAGCGCCUCGCUGCGCGUGCGACAGGACAUGUCUUGGAGCUAGCCAUGGGCACAGGGCGAAACCUCGAAUACUACAACUGGGAGCCACUGAACGAGCGUGUGUCGGAGGCAAAGGGGGAAAAGCAAGACAAGGCUGGCGCUGACACGCCUCACGGGAUAACAUCAUUUACCGGCCUCGAUAUCUCGGUCGACAUGCUCGACGUCGCCCGGAAACGCCUCGUCAAGACCGUCCCGCCCAUGAAAUCAUCCGCCCCGAUCGUCCGCGCAUCCACCAUGACCGACCAUACCGGUGGUCAGCUCUCCUACCUCGACGACCAACUCCGCCUGAUCCAUUCCGACGCACACCAUCCUCUCCCCGGGCCCUCAACACCGUCGACGAAAUACGAUACUGUUAUUCAGACGUUUGGUCUGUGCUCCGUGUCGGACCCUGUCGCCGUUCUGACCAACUUGGCGUCAGCUGUCAAGCCAGGAUCGGGGCGCAUUAUCCUCCUAGAGCAUGGCAAGGGCUGGUAUGGCAUCGUCAACGGACUACUGGAUAAGAAUGCAGGCAAGCAUUUCGAAAAGUACGGCUGUUGGUGGAAUCGAGACAUACAGGGUAUCGUUGAGGAGGCUGCGCUCAAGACGCCCGGCCUCGAAGUGGUCAAGGUGGAGCGGCCCAACAUCCUUCAAAUGGGCACCCUGGUCUGGGUCGAACUGCGAGUGACCGAAAAGGACCGAUCAUGAUGCGCACGCUCACCGCCUUUGAUGCAUGACAUUGGUUUCAUCGAACCUCGAGUUGGAGAAAGUGAGAAGGGCUUGUAAGAUAUGACUAUGUACAGUAUUAUCCAAGACGUAACGUAGAGAAGCUCAAUCUGAGUGGCAUUGCACAUUUUCCGAUCCAAGAUACGCGCGCGUCCUUUUUAUGCGCCAAGUAAAUCAAGUCAUGAGGGAUCUCCCCCGAUCCCCAUCCCAAUCCCAUCCCCAACCAAAUCAAUCCAACCGUCAACACCAGGCAAGUCUAAUAGUACAAAUACUUCCACAGACCCCGCUCCAUGCAAUUAAUAUGUAUGUAUCGUAUAUCCGCUGUCGCAGACAAGGCGGAGUCGUCAUCUCAGUCAUCCUCUUGUAACUCCUUGCGCCUGCCCAAAGGAGUUGUCGUCGUUCAGCAUGCGUCAAACAAGCAGUCGAUCUCGUCAAUCUCGAUGCUUUCGCAUGGUCUAUCCCAUUCCAUAAGCUUGCUGAGCUUCAGC